UCAAACGGAAUACUAAUGCCAGCAUUUCAAUGAAAUUCACACCGAAUCGCGACUUUGAAGAUGUAAAUACCGAUGCUCAAGGCAUACUGCUUGAUGUGCCACUACCUUUCCCGGGUUAUUAUGGCACAAGUGCUUGUCCAUUCAUUUAUGAUGCAGAAGGAGAAAACAAAGUAGGUUGUCCGCUGAAAGCCGGAGAAACAUAUGUCUACAAAAAUAGUUUCAAAAUUUUGCCCGUAUAUCCGACCGUCAGUCUGACAGUACAUUGGGGACUUAAUGACAAAAAUGGAGACGCUGCUUGUUUCGAGAUACCUGUUAAAAUAAGAGCUUAAAAUUGUUCAUUUCUAAGUAGAUUAAGUUCAAGAUCAACAAUUUUUUUCUUUUCAGUUUAAACUGCGUUUUGAUAAGCCUAUAAAAGGCAGUUAAAAUGAAUAGAGAGUAUAGUGGGGGUUUCAAAAUUUUGUAUACCUGAAGUCAAAAAAUGGCACACAAAUGCAUAUAUUAAAAACUAUGUGUGCUGGCACCGUAGACGUAAACACUCAAUUUGUUAUUACUUUUUAUAAUAUUUUUUUUAAUUUGUAUAAUAAAACAAAUAAUAAAAGAA